AUGGAGGUUGAAUACCGCACUCGUUUAACAUCUGUUUUAGAUGUGACACGUUUUCUCUUGAAGCAACGAUUGGCUUUUCGUGGACAUGAUGAGUCCUCGAGCUCAUUAAACAAAGGCAAUUUCCUUGAGUUACUAGAGUGGUAUAGCCUGCGGAAUGAUAAAGUUUUUAGGACAGUUAAUCAAAAUGCUCCUGGUAACAAUCAAAUGACUUCACCAAAGGUUCAGAAGGAGUUAGUAAAUGCUUGUGCAGCAGAAAUUACAUGUGCUAUUGUUGAUGAUAUUGGAGAUAAGUAUUUUUCUCUUAUGAUUGAUGAAGCCCGGGAUGUGUCAGUGAAGGAGCAAAUGGGAGUUGUUCUGCGAUAUGUGGAUAAGAAUGGGUAUGUGAUAGAGCGGUUCCUUGCUAUGGUUCAUGUGUCAGAUACAUCAGCUAUUUCAUUGAAGAAUGCCAUUGAUUGUCUAUUUGCCAAACAUGGGUUAUCCAUUGUCCUAAAAGAAAAUCCAUAUGUAAGGUAUAUCCAUUGUUUUGCUCAUCAGCUCCAAUUAGUGAAUGUCGUUGUUGCUAAAGACAAUCGAAUUGUGAGUGAUUUUUUCCAAUAUGUUAUUAUGAUUGUUAACGCGGCGGGAUCAUCAUGCAAAAGAAAAGACCAACUUCGGCAACAUCACCAUGAUAGGUUGGUUGAGCAAUUGGAAAAGGUAGAGAUAGUCAGUGGUAGAGGAAAACAUCAAGAAUCUAGCUUAGCAAGACUAGGUGAUACUCGUUGGGGGUCGCAUUACACUACCAUUCUCCGACUAAUCUCAAUGUGGACUUCAGUGUUAGAUGUCCUCCAAAAUGUGCAUGUUGAUGGUGCUUCAAAUGAUAAUAGAGGCAUAGCGGCAAAUUUGAUUGAAAAAAUGGAGAAUUAUCAAUUUGUGUUUGUGAUGUAUUUGAUGAGGCAUUUAUUGGGAAUAACAAAUGAGUUAUCACUUGCUUUACAACAAAAAGAUCAAAAUAUUGUUCAAGCAAUGCGUUUGAUUGAAGUUGUAAAGGCUCGUCUUCAAGACUUGAGGGAGACAGGAUGUGAGGCAUUUUUGGAGGAAGUCAGCUUUUUUUGUGAACAAAACUCAAUCCCAGUGCCUAAUAUAGGGGAUAAUAUGCGAAUCCGCGGUCAUUCUAGACGGGAAGGGCAAGUCAUUACUCAUUUUCACCAUUACCACGUUGAAAUUUUCUGUGAGGUCAUUGAUUUGAUUUCACAAGAAAUGCAAAACCGCUUCCCAGAAACUAGCACAGAAUUACUUCUUCUUCUAUCAUGCCUUGAUCCAAGAACAGCUAGUGUUGAGAGGGUGUUUUCAGUGAUGAAUAUUGUGAAAACUGACUUACGCAAUAAAAUGGGAGACGAGUGGAUGAAUGAUAGCCUGGUUGUCUAUAUUGAGUGCGAGGUUUUUGCAACUAUAGACAAUGAAGCAAUUCUACAACGUUUUCAAAAAAUGCAAACUCGGCGGAUGCAAUUACCUCCUCUUAGUCUGAGCCACAUGGCUCACAUUUCUAGCAUUAACACUGGCAUUGGUUCUAGUUCAAGU